UCCGAUCUCAAUUCUCUCUCUUCUCCAUCUUUUUCUCGGUUUCUCUCCCCAUCACGGAAAGAACAAAGCCCGCAAGUGCCAACGUACCGGCCGGGGCGGCUCGUGCGCAGGGAGCAGCGCAGCGCAACGCAAGGAGCAGCGCGACACGACGCGGAGCGGACGGGCCAUGACGCCGCCGCCUGAGGUCCUGCUCGGCGCCGCCGACCUCUGGCGGCCGGCAUCUCGCGGGGGCGGUUGGGCCACCGCCGCCGCGCUCCUCUUCCUCAUCGUCUCGCACCUCACCGUCCUCCUCCUCCACCGCCGCCUCCGCCUCCGCGGCGGCGGCGGUCGAAUCACCCGCACCGAGGCCGUGGCGCCCGCGCCUGCUCCCGGCUCCGCAUCAGGGAUAGAGGGGCUUGUGACGGAGGACGAUCUGAGGCAGCUGGUGAGCAGCCUCGGCGUGGGCGCCCGCGAGCCGGAGAAGGAAGGGUGGGAGCACGUGAUCACCAGGGGGAACGACGCCGUCUCCUACAGGACCUGGUGCGACAAGCCCACGGAUGGUCCUCCUAAAUAUCUAAGUAUUACAACAUAUGAGAGAUGCUCAACAGAGCUGUUGAGGGACUUCUACAUGGAUAAUGAGUAUAGAAUGGAGUGGGAUAACACUGUGACAAAGCAUGAGCAGCUGCAGUAUGAUGAGAACAGUGGGGUAGAGGUAGGACGUACAAUCAAGAAGUUUCCCCUUCUGACACCAAGAGAAUACAUAUUGGCAUGGCGAGUAUGGGAAGCAAAUGAAAAGUCGUUCUAUUGUUUUAUCAAGGAAUGCGAACAUCCUCUUGCGGCACAACAGAGAAAGUUUGUUCGAGUGCGACUUCUAAGAUCAGGCUGGUGUAUUAGAAAAGUCCCUGGAAGGGAUGCAUGCCAAAUUACAGUGCUUCAUCAUGAGGACAAUGGCAUGAACAUUGAGAUGGCAAAGCUAGCCUUUUCCAAGGGCAUUUGGAGUUAUAUAUGCAAAAUGAACGAUGCUCUACGUCGGUAUCCUCGGCAUCAAAGUUCGUCAAUAUCAAUUCAGACCAUGCAAAGACUUAUGAAGAAGUUUCCCCAGGACUUGGAGACUGCCAUGGAUGCAAGUCGUGGACCACCACGGGAUACAACAGUUCCUUCUACAGAGACUGCCAGAACUUCACCAUGCAACCUACCAGGGAAGAAGUCCUCUCGGCAAAUGAUUGCAAGCGGGCUUCUGCUGGUUGGAAGCAUCGUUUGUCUGUCUCGAGGCCGAUCCAACCUCGGGGCUCAGCUCGCGAUGGCUUUCUUCUUGAAGAAGGCAUUCAAGCAAGGGAAAGAGUCAGGCUCAUCGACAUCGAGGGGAAGAACAGAUGUGACUCGAUCCAGGCGCUAGCAAUAGGAUUGCUUUAAGCCGUGAAGACUGCCUGUUAAGCAUUAGCUUUUUUUCGAUUUAGAAAAGUGACUGCGUUUUACUUGAAUAGAUAUAUACGGUUGUAAAGCGUUUUUCAGCAUAAAUUAUGUAAAUAAAAUUUUUUGUAAAAAACGACUUGAUGUAUGCACGCUUUGUAAAAUCUUGUUAUUUUAUCGAGGCCACGUAUGCUUUCGUAGGGUA